AUGACCGCAAUGUUCACCCGACAGCAAUUUGACGAGGCAUGCGGGCAAUUUAUUCAUGCUCAUCAGUCCAUAUCUUCUUCGUGUGAAGCUAGGCUUUCGGGAUGGUCUUGGAAAGAGCAUCAUACACUGCCAGGCUUCGGUUACAUGCACCGGAUUAUUACUUUAAACUGGCGUCACCCAGCGUCAGUUGAUGCAUUCCUUGAGAUUGACGAUAGUUUGGACUUCGUCGACGAUGGCACAACUGCUUCCCGCGACUCUCCUGAUUCGUUGACUUGUCAUCAGUAUGUGGUGUUAUCGGCCACUUUCCGUGUACCAGCAUUUUACUUUUCCAUCUAUGGUUCGAGCGGUUCUCCACUACAGCUGAUUGAUAUCAUGCAAACUUCUCUCCUACGUGAGGAUGUGUGCGAAGGAACAGUCGCUUCAACAUUCGCUGUAUCGCAUCCGACAAUGAACUUCCCCCUCUUAUCGCAAGGAGAACACCCGACGCUAGGUACACCCUGUUGGUACUUUCACCCAUGCGAAACUGCCAGUGCAGUUCAGGAGAUUCUCAAGGAAUCAGAGGGAAAUAGUAGGAGACCACUGAGUUGGAUGGAGGCUUGGUUCACAGUGUUGAGCACAGCCGUUGACAUGCAGUAA